UUCAGUUUGUCCCUCUGAGGUUCCGUACAGCCUGCUUCACAUGACCACAAUAGUUUGAAUAUUUGGCGGUUUAACCAUUUUGUUGUGACGGUGAAAGAAAACUCAGAAUGGAAGCUCCUACCACAUGUAGCAACGAGGGCGCAUUCAAGACCCCUAAAACUGUCCGAGUGAGGAGCUUCGGGGGCAGUGGAGGCACUCCGAUCACCAUCCCAGCUUCACCCUUCAUGAAGAAGUUGGGCUGUGGGACUGGAGUGAAUGUUUACCUUAUGAACAGAACAGGAAAGCUGAAUGCAUCACCCUGGGCUGUCAAGAAGAUCAACAGCAAAUGUGCAACCAAGCAGAUGGCGGUUUACCAGCAGCGGCUCAAUGAGGAGGCGAAGGUCCUGAAGGAAAUCAAUCAUCCAAACAUUGUUGGGUUCCGUGCCUUCACCACUGCCAAAGAUGGCUCCAAGUGUCUGGCCAUGGAGUACGGAGGAGAGCAGUCCCUCAACGACCUGAUUGAGAAGAGGGCAGAGGGCGGCCUGGGAGCUUUUCCUGCCGCCAACAUUGAAAAAGUGGCGCUGCACGUAGCUCGUGGCCUGCAGUAUCUUCACAAUGAGAAGAAGCUGCUGCACGGUGACAUGAAGUCAUGUAACGUGGUGAUUAAAGGCAACUUUGAGGCGGUCAAGAUCUGUGAUGUGGGCGUGUCUCUGCAGCUGGAUGAGAACAUGAGAGUGUCAGACCCUGAGGCAGAGUACAUCGGCACUGAGCCGUGGAAGCCGAAGGAGGCUCUGGAGGAGGAAGGAGAGAUCACUGACAAGGCUGACAUCUUUGCCUUCGGCCUGACUCUGUGGGAGAUGAUGACUCUGGCCAUGCCUCAUCUGGAGAUGCUGGACAACGAUGAGGAGGAUGAAGAGGACUCGAUGGAGGAGAGCUUUGAUGAGGACGCCUACUACGAGAGGCUGGGCACGAGGCCGGCGCUGGACGCUGAGGCUCUGGGCAGCUCCUACCAGAGGAUGGUGGAGCUCUUCUAUCUCUGCACAGAGGAAGACCCCAAGAAGAGACCCUCAGCUGCCCAGAUCAUCCAGGCUUUAGAGAGCAACACCCUGCUGGAAAAAAAGCCUAGUGAGCCUGGUGAGGUGAUUGUUAUCGACUGAUUUACACAACAUCAGCACAACAUUAGCAUUUUGAUCUGUGAAACGAAGUGUGCUGCAGGAUGUUGUGUGUCCUGUCUGUCAAGACUUUUGGUAAAUAAUGUUUUAAAGCAUUUCAGAUUAUACGGCCACAACCUGCAUCCCCUGACAGUUUGUUUGUACUAAUUUUAAAGCCGAAAAGUUUGAAUGUUGUGAGGAAUCAGUCUAGAUGUAGAAACACAUCAGUCACUGGUGAAAUUUCACUUUCACGUGUUUGAGCUACAGAAGCUCACUAUAAUCUGUACUGUACAUCUUUAUCUGUUUACACGUUCAACAGCACAUCACUCUGCCAUUUCUUUGUAUGUAGUCUUGUGUUCUUUUCUCUCAUGUAAUGUUUUUACUGUCCUUACUGUUUUUUUCUGUAUGUGUGUCUGUAUUUCUGCACCUUUAAACUUUGAUACUUCAUCAAA